AUGGACACCGAACAUCGGGUGAUCCUCAACGUUGGUGGCAUAAGACACGAAACGUACACACAUGUGCUCAAGAAGAUUCCUGCCACCAGGCUAUCCAGGUUAACACCGAACCUUGCCAAUUAUGACCCCGUGCUGAACGAAUACUUCUUUGAUCGACAUCCUGGCGUGUUUUCUAUGAUUUUAAACUAUUAUAGGACAGGCAAACUCCACUAUCCAACGAAUGUUUGUGGCCCACUAUUCGAAGAAGAACUGGAAUUCUGGGGACUAGAUGCCAAUCAGGUUGAACCGUGUUGUUGGAUGACGUACACACAACACAGGGAUACCCAAGAUACGUUAGCUGUUAUUGAGUCAUUAGACCUUGAUGGAGAUCCACCGACACAAGAAGAGAUUGCGAAAAAAUUUGGCUGGGAAGAUGACUACUACAGUGGUACUUUGUCAAAGUGGCAACAAAUCAAGCCGAGGAUAUGGGCGCUAUUCGAUGAACCGUGGAGUUCACAAUACGCUAGGAUCAUCUCCUGCUGUUCGGUAUUCUUUAUAUUGGCGUCUACGAUAUCAUUUAUGCUCAAAACUCAUCCGUCAUUUCAAAUUCCACAAAUCACAGUGAUGUACGGGUUUCGAGUCCUCGGGCAUGAUGGCUAUUCGGAUUUUGGGAAGGCGAUCGAUGCGCAUAAGCCCUACACUGCUCCACAUCCAUAUUUCUUCUAUGUGGAUCUCAUCUGUAACUCGUGGUUCACUUUGGAGUUGCUAAUUCGAAUGCUGUUCUGUCCGUCGAUGCGGCGUUUUCUUCGCUCACCUCUUACUAUCAUCGACGUUAUUUCAACAUCAGCCUUCUACUUCGAAUGGUUACUGCAUGCCAUUCUCAUACAAACCGGUUCCAUGGUCACCAUUGAUUUUUUGUCCAUGAUUUGUGUAUUGCGUUUAUUCAAGCUCACACAACAUUUCUCCGGCUUAAAAAUUCUCAUACAGACAUUCAAGGCUUCUGCCGAGGAGCUGGCCUUGCUGGUGUUCUUUGUGUUGCUUGCCAUAGUCAUAUUUGCCGCACUCGUCUACUACGCGGAACGAAGUCAGCCUAAUCCGGAAAACCAGUUCACCAGUAUUCCGGCCGGUUUAUGGUGGAGUUUGGUCACGAUUUCAACCGUGGGUUUCGGAGAUAUGGUGCCUCGUACGUACCUGGGUAUGGUUGUGGGAUCGCUGUGCGCCCUAAUGGGUGUGCUGACAAUCGCGUUACCAGUUCCGGUGAUCGUCUCCAAUUUCUCCAAUCUCUACUCGCAUUCACAAGCCCGCGCGAAGCUGCCCAAGAAACGGCGACGAGUGUUACAGGCUCAUGAAGUGAAACCAUCAAUGCUGAGCGUAAAACAUUCGCACUGGAACAAGAACCGAAAGAAAUCAUCAGGGCAUUCGUCCCACAUGACACCUUUGAACAAUUUUGGACGAAACGGUGGACCUCCUUGUGAAUCACAUCGGAAGCUGAUCGGCUAG